AUAAGUGAUAGCAACUAUUGUUGUUUUGUCGUGCAGCAGUUCGCGCGGCAGCUUUUCUUGGACUUUAUUUAUUGUUUUUGCGUCGGACCAAUAUAAUAAAAAUAAAAUUUAAAAAAAAUGAGCAGCACUACAAAGUUUGUUAACGAAUUCUGUGAUAUUAUUGAUUCCUAUGGCGGUCGUGAUAAGGUGAUGAAAGCGCUGUGCUAUAGUGCCAAGCUUGUGGCUGGCUAUCAUGCCAAACGGAAUCCGGACUUGGCCAAAAGAUAUGCCAUAGCCAGCUCGAAAAUAUCUGGAGCUAGAGCCACACUGCGUCUUAUCGAUGAUAUACCCAUGAUACAGUAUGCCCUGGAGUAUGGAUUGGGACACGAUGAGCCAGAUCGCAUUAUGGCCAUGCUGGGCGUGACUGCCAAUAUUGUGGACUUGCUCUAUUAUCCCAUCGAGAAAAUCUGUUGGCUAUCCGAGCAUAAGAUUGUGGAUGUCAAGCAUGCUGAUAACUGGGAUAAUGUCAAUUCCAUAUUCUGGGUGCUCUCAGUCUACCUGAAUCUAAUGCGCACUCUGCGCAACUUUUGGCUGAAUCAGGAAAAACUCAAUCGAAGUCAUCAGCUAAGCAGUCCAACUAGUAUUGAUGUCAAAUCCCUGGCCAAACAUCGACUGGAAUUGAUGUCUGUAGCUCGCAUUUCGUUAGAUUUUGUACACGCUGUUAGCACCUUACCCAAAGGAUAUCUCUGGGGUGGCAAAUUGUCGACUUUCCAGGUGGGAGCAAUUGGCACUCUGUCUGCUUGCUUGGGCAUUUAUCAAAUCUUUGCCAAGAGAAGACUGAACAAAUAAUUGGCAUAUCCAAAACAAAUAUAUACGUGUGAAUUUUUAACUAGUCCUAAUGCUCUUUCAAUGUAUGUUAGUUAAUAGGGAUCAUUUGUAGGGCUGAAAAUGUUUUCAUUGUCAUGCACAAUUGCAAAAUCAUAGUUGUUAAAUAUGUAAGCACAAUAUAAAUUAAUAUAUGUAAAUCAUCAACAGUUAUGGAGA